AUGGGAGAAACUGAGCUCUGCUUCCCGCAGCUCUUCAACACCUCCUGCUGGAAGCCGAAGCGUCCACUCAGCAAGGCUGUGCUCAUUUACUCUCUGCUGUCCUUCAUCUCUCUGCUCACUGCUUCUCUCAACCUGCUCGUCAUUAUCUCCAUCUCCCACUUCAAGCAGCUCCACACUUCCACCAACUUCUUCCUAUUGUCUCUGGCUGUCUCAGAUUUCUUCGUGGGCCUCGUUAUGCCUUUUCUGAUUGCCCAAACCAACGGCUGCUGGUUUCUUGGUGACAUUAUGUGUGUACUAUAUAGUGGUUUGACUUGCCUAAUCAUCUCGGCCUCAGUAGGAACCAUGGUACUCAUAUCAGUCGACCGCUAUGUGGCUAUUUGUGAUCCUCUCCACUACUCCACUAAAGUCACUGUAACAAGAGUUUCUUUCUGUAUUUCUCUCUGUUGGUCCUGUUCUUUUUUGUUCAGCAUCCUCCUAUUGAAGGAUAACUUCAAAAAUCCAGGCAGGUAUAACUCCUGCUAUGGAGAGUGUGUAGUGGUUGUUAAUUACACCGUUGGAGUUGUGGACUUAUUCCUGACAUUUGUUGGCCCUUUUACAGUGAUCAUAGUUAUGUAUAUGAGAGUGUUUGUGGUGGCUGUGUCUCAGGCCCGGGCCAUGCGCUCUCAGAUUAAGACAUUUCAGGGCCAGAGCAGCUCAGCUGGGUUCACACCUACUCCCACAGAGACAUGGCUCUUUUGCCUUAACUCCUGUCUGAACCCAAUGAUUUAUGCUUUUUGUUACCCCUGGUUUCUGAAAUCUGCCAAGCUCAUUGUCACAUGUAAAAUACUGAAACCUGACUCCAGUCAUCUUAGAAUUUUGUAG